AUGGCAGUCUCUGCGCUGGUCAUGCGGUCGCAGUUUGGCAUGUGGGGUGUAAAAGCCCUGCAAGCCCGAGGCUUCGCCCCGGAUCAGCCCAACGAUAUCGACAGGAGGGAGGGCUCGAUCCGGGAAGCUGGUGGGGUCUUCUGCAAGAAAGAACGGGCGGAAGAGGAACGAUAUUUCCGGGCGCAGGCUAAAGAACAACUGGCACGCUUGCAAAAACACCACGAAGAUGAGAUCAGUCAUCACAAAAGGGAGAUUGAGCGUCUACAGAAAGAAAUUGAGCGACAUCAGCAGGUCAAAAUGCUAAGCCAUCAAGAUUAA